AUGCCCGGGCUGCACCGCGCGCCAGUAGAUCCCGGCUCGUUACCGCCGCCUGAGUACUGGAACAGCUUCGAACCACUGUAUACAAACUCCGAUCCUUCGCUUCAACAUGCACAUCCUCCACAACAGCAAUUACACCAACAGCCUCCCCCCCAACCUCAGUCGCAGUCGCAGUCUCGAUCGCAAUCCCGAUUGCAAUCGCAACCACAGCCACAGCCACAGCAGUCACAGCAGCCACAACAACCGCAACAGCAGCAACAACAACAACAAUCAUCACAUCAGCCGCUAGGAAUUAGCUGGGAUCAUCCGGUUUUCGGUCAGAACCCUCCAUCGCGGAGUCCGUUACCGACCCCUCAAGAUCAGAAUCAUGGUCUGUAUUCCUCCUCCCCGCAAUCAUGGCGCGCAGCUGCGUUACAUCCACAACCCAUCUUACCGGCAACCGCUCAUCCGAUCGGGAUGACUUCGCAAUAUCGUCAAGCACCGCAAUUCUCCUCAGCACAUCCUGCAUAUGACACGCAGCCCCUCCCGGCAUCGGACAGCGCCCACUUCCCAUCCUACACAUUUCCGCGAUCCUACUAUCCUCCUCAGAAUCUGCCAGUGCCUGAUGUCUUUCCUCAAUCUCAUAUGCAUUCGCCUCCCGCGGCGCAGCCACAGCCUCAAGCGACACAUUUCCGAUCCGACCCACACCCACACCAUGUCCCGCAGUACUCACUACCUGCAGGCUACGCUGAAAGAAAUUCACAAGUACCGAUGGAUUACAACACCGAGUUCACUCGGUCAACUCCUCCCGUAUCUAAUCAAACCAUUAACCCGCAGUUCCUCAGCUCUGCACAGCAAGCUGCUGCUAAUCAACAAGCCGCCCUUCACCCUAAUAACCUUCUCUACCUCAACCCAUCUGAAUAUGAUCGCACAGAUGAACCAAAGCUCUACACGUUUUAUCGGGAAGACUUGCAGAUGCCACCGGCAAUGGGGCAGUCCGUAGCACCUAGCCAACCGAUUGCCCCUAAACCGCAAUCUGCAUACGAGUUUGUGUUACCCCUCAAUGGCCCCAAUUUGGCUCAAUCACUGGCGGCUGCAAAGGGCGGAAAGGCCAAGAAACCGGCAACGAAGAAACAGACAACCUCUCAAUCCACCAAGACGACCGUCAAGGGAAGUAGUAAGAAGGUGGACGGGACAGCUGAGUCUUCCGAAUCAGAGACCGACAGUUCCGACUCGGAGCUUGAGAUCGAGGAUCGGGCACCCGAAGAGCCGUCUCCCCUGCCUGUGUCUCGUCCUAGUGAGCCCGAAGCUGCUGCGAAGUAUGAUGCUCUAAAGGCCGUGUGGUCUCCACGUAAUCGACGGCCCAAUGUGGACAAGGUCAAGAGUGCGCUGGUCGCAUUCAAAGACGUUGUGAAAACCGUAAGGGAUGCAUGGAAAGACAGCUCCCAAGCCAUGAAGGCGGCCGAGAAUACCGGCAAUAAUGAUAAAGCAGCCCAGCUGAAGAAGGAUGUGGUCUUACAGCGCCGUCUCAUGGAUGUGGUCGUUUGUGCGACUUUGGAAAUGGGCCAUCCAAUAAUCGUCGAGAAGUUGGGUGAGCAUCCCAUUGCUGUGGCAGCCAUGUAUUCGUUCUUGCUGGACCGACACCAGGCUGCUGACAUCAACGGAACAUUGACCCUAAAUAUACUCAAGUUGCUUUCGCGCUUUGUUACUAUGGACGAAGAUGUGCUACAGAAGACCAAUGUUGCCAAGCUGUUGCCUAGAUUUGUUAAAAAGGGUGGCCCAGCUGUCAGAGACUUGGCGCAGAAGAUCAUGGACAAUGCUGCGGCCUCUACCAGAAGGAAACAGGAUACUGCGAAGCCAGCGGCCAAGGACGGCUCGCCUAGUAAGCAAACAAGCACUGUCACUGCUACGGCUGCCCCCGACGGCGCUCGGGCAGAACUCGCUGGAUCUAAAAGACCUCGCGAUACUGAAAGCAAUGGACAGCCGGCGACGAAGCGAGUAGUCGUAGCGUCUCAUGCCAAGAAUGCUGCGAAGCCCGUUAGCGCUGUGGCACCUGUGCGGCGGCCACAAGAGGCAGGCCCGGAGAACAAGGCAGCGGCAGCGGCAGCGGCAGCGCAGCCCUCUCGUCCGAAGACUAAUAUUGUGGCGCCGAAGCCAACCAAUCUGUUUGGAAGUCUUUCGUCGGCCUCGAAACGACCGGGAACAUCGAAUGCUGAGCGAGCAGCGGCAGCAGCGGCGAAGACCAGCAACCCCUCGGAAAGGAAAGAACCCCAGCCUGCACCUCCGCGGCCAACUUUCUCGUUCGGGGACCUUAUGGCAGACCUGAACAAGCCGAAGGAGACGACUCCUGCUCAGCCGUCCGAACCCAAGUCGCCCGAGACGGAGGAAGAACGGAAGAGGCGCCUUCGUAAGGAGGCUCGACGCCGGCUGCGGGUCACCUGGAAGCCUGACGAGUCGCUAACUGAAGUCCGGCUCUUCACCCAUGACCCUGACGAGGAGCUUGGUCCCGGCGAUCACAUGCAGCGUGAAGCGGGUGAUGUGAAGGGUGAAGGUAGUGUGCUGAAGCUUCACCGUGAUCUCGACGAGGAGGAAGACGAAGAAGGCGGCUUUCGCGAGGAACAGUUGCUCGAAUACCUUCUGCCGUCGGAAAUCGACUUCGAGGACAUGCCUUACGAGGAACGUGGCCGGAACUUCAUCAAGCGUGGUGGCAUUGAAGUUCCGGAAAGUGCGGAGAGGAAGGCUCAAGAGUAUCGUGAGGCAACGACCCUUAUGGUGUUCUAUACUUCGCCUGCGGACGUGCCGUCAACGCCCAAAGAGCCCCCGCCACCCGACAAUGAAGAACCCACAACUGUCGCGGUCUCCUUUGGCGAGGUUCCGGACCAUGUCAAGGCCCGUCAAAACCGAUAUAUCGCAGCGGUCAAACCUCAGCCGCCACCUGCAGCCGCGCCCGCAGCAAGCGCCCAAGCGCCAUUCGAUAUUUCGAAUCUCUUGAAGAUUAUUCAGAGUGCGCCCCAACAACCAAAAUCAACCCCUCCCCCCCAGACUCAGCCGGCAGCCGCGCCCAUCUCGGAUCUCGAACGGACGUUCAGCAUGUUCUGUCAGCCGCAGCCGCAGCCGCAGCCACAGCCAACCUCUCAGCCUCCCAUGUUGCAGAUGCCCCAGUUUCCUGCAGCCCCUCAGCCUGCAACAGGCCAGGCCAUUGAUCUCCAAAAUAUCUUGGCCAUCAUGAAUGCACAAAAGCAGAUGCAGCCGGCGGCUACUGCCCCGCAAGCUCCACCGUCUCAACCCAGCAUUGCGCCCAAUCUCGCUGCCAUUUUCUCCCAGAUCAAUGGCCAGAACCAGCCCACCGCAGGCAACCCGCCUCAACACACUGGGCAUUUUGAGGACCCGGAGCGCAAGCGCCUUCGCGAGUCUGGUGGAUAUGAUGGGACCGAUGAUGACAGGUACAGCUAUCCCAAGCGGAACAGGUAUAAUGAUCUUGGCAAGAAGCACCCCAAGGCAGGGUCUGUACCUUGCCGGUAUUGGCAGAGCGGGAAAUGCCGCAAAGGUGAUGAUUGCACAUAUCGCCACGAUCCGUUGAUUUAA